CGAUGGAUGACUUUAGCAAGCAAGUCCGCGCGCGCCUCCAGCUGCAAGCAAAGUUGAACGAAGUGAAAAAGCCAUCAAAUGAAUACAUGGGUCUCUCGGACAAGACGGUGCACUCGCCGGGCCAAACGGGCUGCUACUGCCGCGACUGCCUCAAAGUGCGCAAGGAAGAGUGGCGCAUUGGCGACAUCAACGCGACGGUCGUCGGGCCGCGCGACCAAUGGAUCAUGUACCAUUGGGGCUGCGCCGAGCGCGGUGCGCUCUGCACGCAAUCGACCGAGCCUGUGCUACAGCCGCAGGUGGCGCCGCCGGUGCGAGAGAUAAUUGUCGUUGAAGACGCGUCGCGGCGCAAGACCAAGAUCGAGCGCGACGCCAAGUUUCGCGCUGUCGCGUCGGGGAAAUACCAUACGCUCCUCCUCGCCGACUCGCACCAGCUUUUCGCGUGUGGCGACAACACGUACCAUGCGCUUGGCACGGCGCCGACACCGUCGGCCGAGACGGAGGAGCUCGUGCCGGUCUCGGUCAUGCACGUGUUCCCGCCCCUCACCGGCUCCAAGAUCAUUGCCAUCGCAGCGACCGAGUACGCCUCGUUUGCGCUCAUCGACAAACCACAGGAAGCCAACGCAGAUGCUGAGGCCAAGGAGCGCGAGGCACAAGAGCCCGCCAUACUGCGGCGAAAGCGGUCCACCUUGGUCACCUUGGACGCGACCAAAGACAUGAACGAGCACAACCGACUGUACUCGUGGGGGCGCGGCGACCGGGGUGUCUUGGGCCAUGGCUCGAUUGCGUCUGAAGCCACACCGCGCGUGGUUGCUGCGCUCGCAAGCUUCCGCGUCACGCAGAUCGCGGCCGGUCGGCAGCACGUCUUGGCGCUCACAGAUCACCACGGGCUUUUUGCGUUUGGUGGCGGCCGACACGGCAAGCUCGGCACCGGCACGACUGAGGACCACUGGGAGCCUGUCCGACUCGAUGCAUUUGACCGCUUCUUUGUGGCGGCGAUCGGUGCCGGUGAUGAGUUUUCGGUGGCGCUCACCGCGAUCCCGACGCCAAAGAACGGCGCGUUCGUCUAUACAUGGGGCCUUGGCGCGCACGGGCAGCUCGGGCACCGCGACAAUUGGAACAGCAAAGUGCCGCGCGCCAUCGACGAGCUCAAAAGCGAAAAGAUCACGAGCGUCAGCGCCGGUGCGCGGCACUCGCUCGCCAUCACGAUCGACGGCGACGUCUGGGUCUGGGGCCACGGGCUCCAUGGGUCGCAGCCCGACACGUCGGCAGUCCACGACAUUCGAGCCGCGUCGCUUCUAUACCCUCGUCGCGUGUUCCUGCAGGGCAUCCACGUCAUUGGCGCAGUCGCGGGGCACGAGCGGACGUUUGUGUGGGGCGACCGAGCGGGUUUGAACAAGAUUGAGCGGCCUCCACUCGACACGAGCUUGCUCUCGGCCUCAAGCGAGUGCAGUGCCAAGACCACGACCAAGUCGUUGCGCUCCGACUGCCUCCGCGUGCUGUACAUGUGCGGCACCUGCCACCUUGCCGAGCUCUGCGUCGUGUGUGCGGCCAAGUGCCACGCCAAGCACGCGCUGCAAGUGACGUGGACGCUCGACAACUGUCUCUCGACCGCGUGCGACUGCGCGUGCAACAAGAGCGAUGCCGCAACACCCGCAACGACAACAACAUGAGGU